AUGGGAUUUCUAGAUCUUAAAUCUGAUUUUCAAAUCCGUGAAGGCGAGUUAAAGGAGAUUCCGGACACGUUAUUGCUGUUUUUGCGAAGGUUGUGCAAGAUCGGAGUCAAAAUCGAGCCCUCCGGGUUCCGGCUCUUAUUCAAACGCGAACAGACUGGGCCAAAUGGGCGCAUUACAUUGGUCAAAGAGGCAGGCGACGUGGUGAGGAAGCGCAUUUAUCACGUUGAGGGGGCUGAAUUGGAGAAUCUUCCGGAGCAUGGUGAUCAAUCAGCUCAGACAACAGCGGAGGUCAUACUCGCUUUCCCUGUCGAUGAUUCCCAUCGUCCCAUAAUCGAACAGCAACAUGUCUAUUCCUUCCUGCCAAUGCGUCAGGAAGGGUUUAAGUUCCUCAUACAAUCGGAUUUUAUCACCACAGCAAAUCGUCAAGGUGUUCACCUCUACCCCCGAAAUUAUACAAUCCGCGAGCGUAUCAGCCUUGUAUUUAUACAGGCUGUUUAUAACUUCUGCAAAAAUGCAACCUUGAAAUACGAAUGGCUCCAGCAUCUGCCAGGGCCAUCCAUUCCAGAUCCUUUCUGGGCUACACUUCGUGAAAUAGUAUUAGAAAGUCUAAGCGAAUCAAAGAUCCUCCUAACCCGCAAUGGUGCUCUUGAUUGCCCAAAAUCACUUCAGCACCCCUCUUCUCGGCAUUGUGAUCGUCAUGGUCAGCCGCUUUUGGAUGAUAUCACCCCUGAAAUCUACAUGUCAGAGGGAUACAAUUGGUCCAGACAUUCUGAGCUUUUGACUGAGCUCGGGGUGACCAACCUAUCCUUCAAAAAUAUUCUGGACCGCUUAGAUCCGUACCUGGUAGGGUCAACGCCUCGACUUUUCGAUGUCAGUUUGGACGAUGACUGGCAUGCCAGGCUCGCGGGCCUUCUUCUUCGGGGUUUGAGCAUGUAUGGUGCUCGGAUUAGAGAGCGAGUUGAGAAUGACCUGACACUCAAAACUGUGGAUGUCAAAAUCUCUCAGGACACACCGCGAUGGAAACUCUUUGAGGCCUUAGGAGUAUCGUCCUGCUCGUCACAAAAAGUUGUCAACUCAAUUCUCCGAAGAUAUGACCCGCCAGUCGGCGUGACGCUGAGGCAUUCCAUCGAUCACUUGAAAUACCUCUUUUGGGUGGGUAGUGGGAAAAUCCUCGACAAACGUAUUUUCGUGAUGGAUCAGAUGGAGCGACGGGUGUAUCGAGGCUUCGUAAUGUUUGGUGUUCACAUCAUAAGGGAUGAUGUCUAUUUUGCUACGGAUGGCGAAUAUAGCACCAAAAAGCUGUCGCAGAAGCUUCGAUGCAGAUCUAAUCAGCAAAACAGCUUCCCAGUUGAGAUAUACAUCAUCCAUGAUGCGUGCUUGGGUGCCCUUCCACCUAGCGCCUGCUCCCAUGGUCUCACUUGGGAGAGGUGGCUACAGGUUACGGCAAACGUUCGUCGUGUCCCGAAGCUGUUUGAUCCUUUCCAAGACCGACUUUUCCCUCUCGGCCAACACUUUUCGGACCAUCAUCCAACGACAGUCAUAGGUAUUUUGAAGACAUAUUGGUCUAAUUACAACCGAGAAAUGACAAGUAACAUCAUCAGAGUGUUAGAAUGGCAGCUUUGGGUGGGACCAGAAUCCUGUGUGUGGGCUGAGACCCCCAUAAUUGGUGGAAAUAUCCAUUCAAUGUGUCCCAAAGCUAGAGAUAUUGAAGAUCUUAGAGACUUGCAACUUUUACCGGUGCAAAUGCCGAAUGGCAACAUUGAAAUAUUGAGGCCUGUUGAUACUUUCUUUUUCUCAGACACGCUCGAGUACCAGUCUACAUUUCAUGGAAAGGCACCUUUGCUGAAAAUUUCCCUUGAGGAACAUCGAAAAUUGUAUCGAGUUUUGGAAGCUCUGGGCUUGGAAGACCGGUACAUAUCUACAAUUGUGGAGGAGAGGGUUGUAGUAGAACAGAUGGAACCAGAGCCGUCCCGUCAAGAAACCAGAUUUUUCCAAAGAAAGGCAAAAAAGCAUCUUUACCAUUGUGCUCUCCACUAUAACCCAGAAAUUGAAGACAACAAAGUCCCCAAUCUUCAAACUGCUUUUGAAGUAAGCUCGAUUCUGGGAUCCGAGAACUUUGAACUCGGGCUUAGGUCACGCCAACCAAGCUAUCAAGUUGAAACGGCUGGUGCGUUUGUUACAAGUCGUCAGGCAUCAGCACGUUCGAUCAGACCUUUCACCGUACCCGCCAGCCCUCUAGCGUUACCAGAUUACGGUGCUGAGCCUGUUCCUCCCGUGACCCAAUUCGUGCAGUUACUCUGCAAUGUCAUUAGGCUAGGUCGUCAAGCAACCCCUCCAGAAGCUUCUCAGGUCCUAGAGAAUGCGUCCAAUGGUACAGGAAUACCACCACCGGAUGGCCCUCUGGGGUUUUCGAGCUUCUUCAAACACUCAAUCUUCCCGGCUUCGGCCGCCAUAAUUGGAAGAGCACUAUCCGCAGAGAAGUCACUGUUCAUCCAGACUCCCAAGACCUUGCCCCUUGGAAAUGGCUCUGAAACUGCGGAUCUUGUGUUUGACGAUUCGAGCUCUGCGCUCACCUCGCUUCUCAUCCGCGCGGGAUACCUACCCCCAGACUCAUGGAGAGGAGCUAGACCGACAUAUUAUAUAGAAGUCAAGACGACGACAGGGGAAAUAACACCCGGUUCUUUAAUGCGGGUAGAAGUCGCUGGAGAGCCAAAUGACGAGAUCUAUAUGAUUUUCCGGGUCUACCAUCUUGACAAGGAGAGUAUAGGCGUUCAGAUUUACUUAGACCCAGAGAGUCUACGACAAGAAGAACGGUUUAUCUUCACGGCUGAAUCCUACAGUGUUGUUCCUGGUCAACUUUGA